AUGUUAGCUCCAAUUCUCCAGUCCACCAGACAGCAACUUGGUACUCUUCGAAACAGACUCUUCCAGAAAGAGAGAAAGAAGACGACAGCAGGUCUUGCGGGGACCUCAUUUGCACUGCACAAGCCGGUCUGGGUAGCAGGCGCGGGCGCCAUGUACACAACCAUGGGCGCCGUCUACCUCACGCUCCGUUACAUGAGCCGACUUAGAUGA